AUGUCCAAUCCAUCCACACCCACGCCUCAUCAGCAAUACGCGCUCAGUCGCAACGAGGAAGCCAAGGUGUUGGCCCAGUGCAAGAUCGAUGCCCUCCGCCACUGCGAGGUCGAAACAGCCUGUACGUACCACCGGAGCAUUUCCUCGACAGACGAGGCUCAUCCUCCAUUCAUUCACCGUACAGCCUUUUCGGAAUGCGCCCAAGGUCGAACGGUCUCGGUCGCAUGGAAGUGUCGCCAGCAGUUCAGGGUCAUGCAAGCGUGCAUGGCAGUACAGCAAGUCGCUUGAUAUCUUUAAACAGGAUCAUGGCGAUCUUACAUCAUAGCUGACCCGCUCUGGUGUCUCCUGCAGCAUGACCGAAGAGAAGCAAGACCAGGCCAAGCUGAGAUAUCUGGAAAAUCGACGAGGCGGCGUCGCUUUGCCUUGA